AACUCCAUCAAGCCUCACGCAGCACAACACCCAGAGAGCAGCUAGCUAUCCAUCAUCGACCAUCCAUCAUCACGCACACUGCACACACACGAGGCAGGCAGAGAGAAGCAGAGAGAGCUAGGAGCAGAGAUGGUGAAGAUCCCGAGCCCGAGGAGGCUGUUCAGGAGCCGGUCCAAGAGCACGGCGGGCGGCAUCGGCGGCGGGGUGGACAUGUGCGCCAUGGUGGCCGAGCACGAGAGGAUCGAGUGGGAGGUGCGGCCGGGCGGGAUGCUGGUGCAGAAGCGCCGGGGCCCGGACGACGAUGCGGUGGUCGAGGCCAUCCUGGUGAAGGUCUGCACCGCCGGCGGCGCGUGGCAGCACGACGUCUCCAUCGACGCCACCGCCACCUUCGGCGACCUCAAGGUGCUGCUGUCGCUGGCCACCGGCCUGUGGCCCAGGGAGCAGCGGCUGCUGUACCGGGGCCGGGAGCGGGACGACGGCGACCACCUGCACAUGGCCGGCGUGCAGGACAAGGACAAGGUGCUCCUCCUGGAAGACCCCGCCGUCACGGAGAGGAAGCUCCGGUCCACCAGCCUCGCGCAGCUCAUGGGGGUACCCUGCCAUUCCUUCAUCCAAGUCUAGAAACCCACGCCCAUCAGCUGUUCUCGCUGUUUAUUUGGGCGAAAGAUCGGUUUCAGGUGUGUUAAUUAAGUCUUAACUGCGUUGCUUUCAUUCUUCAGAGUCGUUUUAGGUUUUAACUCCGAGCCUGGAUUCGGCCGGUUAAAUCGAAACAUGUGCAUCGUUAGGACACACUUCCGUACAGUACAGUACAUAUUGUAAAUUACUGUUGUAAUUUGUAUAAGGAGACAAUGACAGUGACUGUGCUGUUUACAAA